AUGAAUAUAAUCGGCUCCGCAAUGGGCUGGCUCCGCUGCGAAAUCGACCAGAAAAUGGUCGAUGUUCAGAUCGACAAGAAGCUUGAGGAAUACGGUAACAUUUUACAAAAUUAAGCCCUAGCUCUAGCCCAGAGCCCUCGCCUAGAAUCCUAGCCCAGAGGCCUAGCCCAGAGCCCUAGCCCAGAGCCCUAGCCCAGAGCCCUACCCCAGAGCCCUAGCCCAGAGCCCUAGCCCAGAGCCCUAGCCCUGAGCCCUAGCGCUAGCUUUAAACUUGUAUUAUAGGUAUCAUUCCGAUUGUAAAACCAAAUCAAACAAAUGACACUGACCCUUCAAUUGACACCUUAAGUACGACAAAGCUAUUGGAAGAACUAAAAGAAGCGAAUAAAACCGAAAAGAGUGUAGAGAAGGAAGAGACGGAAAAGAAAAAAGAGUUCCGAGUACCAUCGAUUGUACUUGUCAUGCUGACCACCUUUGGUAGGAUCUUUAAUGUGGUUGGUACUAUGAAGAUGUUUCAGGUGAGUUCACUUAAGUUUAGGUAACAAUUUGGAAUUAUUGGAGCUUAAAAGAUACUGUAAUUUUAAAUAUUUUGGAAAAAAAAGUUACUGUAGGCUAGUAUUAUGUGCAUAGACUAGAGCAAAGGCUAGGCAUGAGCAAAAAAGUGGUUUAACGUAUGGGCUAGAACAUGGGCUAGGGCUAGAGCUAGGGCUAAGGCUAAGGCUAAGGCUAAGGCCAAGGCUAAGGCUACCAUACCAGGGCCAAGACUUGAGACGGCGUUAAGGUCAGGUCUACUUUUUUCGUAAAAUACGGAUUUUUUUUAUUCACAAAAUUAAGUUAAAAACUAGCCUUAAAAAUUUUUAGGCUAGUUAUCAUCAAAGAAAUUCCAUUUUUAGGCAUUUACCAGCUACAUCUCAGCUAGACGACGUAAGAACUUGAGAACAACCACCGAGAGAUUGAGUGGUGGAGAAGGUGAAGGUGAAUGGAGCGAGGCCAUGAUGGAGUGUUGUACUCUAUGUGCUGCUUAG